CCCUCCCCAGUCGAUCACCAAACCUCAGUCCAAACUCCAAACCCCCGCCGCAUCAGAAAAAAACCCUAGGCCAUGGACGCCGCGGCGCUGGAGUCGCUCAUCCUGGACCUCCACGCCAUCGAGGUCGUGAAGCUGGGCUCCUUCACGCUCAAGUCCGGCAUCAAAUCGCCCAUCUACCUCGACCUCCGCGCGCUCGUCUCCCACCCGCGCCUGCUCUCCGCCGUCGCCUCGCUCCUUCACGCGCUCCCGGCCACGCGCCCCUACGGCCUCGUCUGCGGUGUCCCCUACACCGCGCUCCCCAUCGCCGCCGUCCUCUCCGUCGACCGCUCAAUCCCCAUGCUCAUGCGCCGCAAGGAGGUCAAGGCCCACGGCACCGCCAAGUCCAUCGAGGGCUCCUUCAGCCCCGGGGACACCGUCCUCAUCAUCGAGGACCUCGUCACCAGUGGCGCCUCCGUGCUCGAGACCGCCGCCCCGCUCCGCGCCGAGGGGCUCGUCGUCGCCGACGCCGUAGUCGUCGUCGACCGCGAGCAGGGUGGCAGGGAGAACCUCGCCGCUAAUGGGAUCACGCUGCACUCGCUCAUGACCCUCACGGAGGUGCUGGCCGUGCUGCUCAAGCACGGGAAGGUGACCGAGGAGAAGGCGCAGGAGGUGAGGCAGUUCCUCGACGCCAACAGGAAGGUGGCGGUGCCUGGGGCAGCACCUGUUACACCCAGGGUGCUCAGAAAGACAUUUUCGGAGAGGGCGAAUCUUGCCACCAACCCUAUGGGGAAGAAGCUCUUCGAGCUGAUGGAGACCAAGCAGACCAACCUGUGUGUUGCCGCUGAUGUCGGGACAACAAAGGAACUCCUUGAGCUGGCUGACAAGGUCGGCCCUCAAAUUUGUAUGUUGAAAACCCAUGUGGAUAUAUUAUCUGAUUUUACCCCAGAUUUUGGCUCUAAGCUCCGCUCGAUUGCUGAGAAGCACAACUUUUUGAUCUUCGAAGACCGCAAGUUUGCUGACAUUGGAAAUACAGUAACCAUGCAAUAUGAAGGAGGAAUAUUCCGCAUAUUGGAUUGGGCCGAUAUUGUUAAUGCGCAUAUAGUACCUGGACCUGGAAUCGUAGAUGGCUUGAAGCUGAAGGGUUUGCCUAAAGGAAGAGGGCUACUUCUGCUCGCUGAGAUGAGCUCUGCCGGCAACCUUGCCCAUGGAGAUUACACUGCUGCUGCCGUAAAGAUUGCUGAGCAACAUUCUGAUUUUGUGAUGGGAUUUAUAUCAGUAAAUCCUGAGUCUUGGUCAGUAAAACCAUCAAGCCCUGCAUUUAUCCAUGCCACGCCUGGAGUUCAGAUGGUCGCAGGAGGAGAUGAUCUUGGGCAACAAUACAACACUCCCGAAUCUGUGAUAAACUACAGGGGCAGUGACAUAAUCAUAGUUGGCCGUGGGAUUAUAAAGGCGAGCGAUCCUAUGAAGAAGGCGUGGGAGUACCGCUUGCAAGGGUGGCAGGCAUACAAGAACAGCUUGCUAUGAAGGAAGGGGGGCGCCAUGAGCAUCCCCAAGUAUAAGGGCGAAUCCAGUCAGUUUGGCGAAAUAAGCGCAUGCGGAAAGGUUUUCCUGCAGUUGAGUCAGGACCUAAUUGACAUCAGAUUCACUGCAGAGGAGACUCAUGCCCCAUCAUCGUUUCUGUUACAAUAAUUUCCUCUCGGUUUACCCUGUUCUUGCUGGUUGAGUUAGGCACGUUGUGAUGCCUGUGCGCGGUUAAAUCGUCUUACUGCCAUGCCACUUGAGGUUUGGACUCUUGAGCAAGCAAUUUUAUCGAUGCCGAGAAUUGUAUGACUCU